AGGAGAGAGGGAGGGUUGGAUGUGACACCGCCUUGCGUUGAUGACGCUCGCCAUCGGGAGACAUUUGGACAGCCUAUGUAACCCAUAUACCGAGCAACAAAUGGUGCGUCUGUGCUGGAGACCUAAUGCUGGAGUUUGGAGGAUGUUUCCGCCGACUGUGUGGCAUUAAUGAUCUUGUGCAGGAGCUGCAGCAGGAGGACAAACCGCGCGGUGUCAUCUGUUGAUGGGAUUGGAGAUAAUUAAGCGCAUUACGAUGAGCCGCGGUCUGACUUCCAGGUGAAAUUUGAGGAGAGUGAAAUGAUUCCAAAGUCAGGAAAAUCUCCAGCAGACUCGAGGAAAGGUGUCGGCAUCCAUGAGUUUGCAGCACUUGCCCGAUCCUCCUUAAGUGGUAUCUCUCAGGCAGUGAGGGACCAUGUGACAAAGCCCACCUCCCUGGCUCAGGGCCGGGUCGCCCACCUCAUUGAGUGGAAAGGUUGGCCCAAACCUGUGGACACGCCGGCCGCCCACUCCCACUUCAGCUCCUACUGCCAUCUGACUGAAGGAGAGAAGGAGGCUCGGUUUGCUGCAGGAGUAGCUGAGCAGUUUGCCAUCGCUGAGGCCAAGCUGCGUGCCUGGGCGUCUAUAGAUGAGGAUGACGCAGAAGACUCCAACGAUGAGGACUCCCACACCAAUGGACAGACUCACACCUUCUCCGACCAGAGCUCGGACACCCCCACGUCCAAUCCUAUCACAGGAGUGCCAUGCCAGCCUGAGGUUGGUGGUGGCGAGGCGCCGCCCUCCGAAAGCCCCCUGGGCUCCAGCAGCAGCAGCAGCCUGCUCAGUGGUAGGCCUGCGUCUCACAAUGACCCACAUUCAUCCCAGACCAAUUCACCUACUUUACCCAGCGACUGCAUGAGUCCCUUCCUGGAGGAGGAGGAGAGGCUGGAUGAUCACAAAGAGCAGCCGGAUCCUUCGCAGGAGGAGCAGAGCGAGGUCUGCAUCCACAACAAGCCCGAGUGGAGGCCUCGGGCCAGGAGCAGCAGGUUCGACUCCUGCUACUCCACCUCUCACUCCGAGUCUCCUGGAGAGGAGGAUGAGGAGGACGAGGAAGGCAGCGUGUUUCACGAGGUCCGAGUGUGGCACUGCAGCCCAAGAAGCUUCUUCUCCGACCGGGCCUCCUCUGGAGUAGCAUCGUUUGAUGAAGAGGAGAGGAAUGAAGAGGAGGAGGAGGAGGAGGAGAAGAAGGAAGAGAAAGAGUUUUUGAUGUGAUGUGUUGUCCAUCAUUAUGUCUGUUUGAGUCCGUGUUGAUUCUCAAUAUGACAUAAUCUAUUCUGCUUUCACUGUUAUCCUCUCUCCACCUCCUCCCCUUGCUCCUUUUCUCGCUCUGAUCAUCUCCUCUCGCUGCCUUCUGUCUCUUCAUCCAAGCGCUCCACCGUUUAUCGCUGCUGUAAACCACCAC